CCUUGGCAGAUUGGGCUGGAGAGCUCUUGCUAUGUAUAAAGAAAUUAACUCUGCGCACAAAUUUCUCGGCCAAAAAACAAAAAACCAGCGGAUACCUCUUUUCUUCUCCGAUAAUUCCUCGGCCGAUUGGACUAGAGAGCUUGCCAUGUAUAACACGCCUCUCCCUCUUCCCAUCCACGAAAUUACCGCAAUAUUGAGAGACGUCAAAGCACAAAUCACUGCAAGACAAGCUUUUCGUUAAAUUUUAGACCCUGCAGUAUGGCACGCAAGAUAAACACAAUAGAAGAGAUCAACGACUCAAAGGAGACAUGGAAGAUUGCGGUUAGAGUGAUUUCACUCUGUCGUGUUGAUUCCUUAAAGUUCAUGGAAAUGGUUUUGAUGGAUGCCAAGGGCCAUAAGAUACAAGCAGUUGCGAGGAAUGCCGAGAUGGUUGUUUGGAAGCCAACACUUAAAGAAGGAGAAACGUAUGUGAUGCAGAAUUUUUGUGUCCUACGCAACGAUGGGGAAUACAAGACUUGUGACCAUCCAUUCAAGCUUCAACUCACAGGUGGUACAACGCUAAAAGUACAAAAUCUCUCCGAUAUUUCCACGGAUCACUAUCAGUUUAGAAGCUUUUGUGAUAUAUUAAGUGGCAAACUGGACACUCAUGUUUUGAUGUCAUUGGAUCUCUGCAUGACGUUCUUAAUGCCCAGGCUAAUGCUUCGCUGAAAAAAAUAUCAUUUUUAAUGAAAGAUCUCAGUGGUGAUAUGAUAACAUGCACAUUGUGGGGCGACUAUGCUACCAAACUGUUGAAUUUCCGUGAAAAUCAUCCAUCGGAGCUGACUGUUAUCAUCUUGACUCAUGCAAAAAUCAAGGAACCGGAAGGCAUGCAUCCUAUCACCAUUCAAAAUAGCAUGUACAGCUCCAAACUGCUCAUAAAUGAAGACAUUGCAGAAAUUCAGCAAUUCAAAGAUAG